AUGGCAUUCUUUGUAGUACUUCAUGUAAGGGGUUACAAGCAGACUAAGCAUCCUGCAAAACACAAUAAGGCCUCACGGAAGAAACCAACAUUGGACAAGACCUUCAGAGGUCUACACAAAGAAGCUAGCAAUCUUCCGAGUAAGGGAGAUAUCGAGGACCAAGUUAUAGAUGUUAACACAUUGCAGCAAGAUGGUUCUGGACAGAUUUACAAGACCAAGUUCUUAAGGAAGUCUGAAGAAGGAGGAGAGGUUGAGGUAAUGUUUUUCAGAAAACUUGAUGAAGAGCUCAACAAGGUCUGUAAUUUUUACAAGGACAAGGUGGAGGCACUGAUGCAUGAAGCUGCUGUCUUGAAUAAACAAAUGGAUGCUUUCAUUGCAUUGCGGGUAAAGGUGGAAAACCCUGAUCUCAAUGGCUCUAGUCUUACGAGAUGUUAUCUUUCCAAUGUCUCUUCGAAGAUGCCCCCAACAAGCACUACUUGCAGCAGAGACAGGAAUCCAGGAGGGAGUAUGUUGGUUUGAUACCUGAAGUAGAUACAAAUGAUGAUCAUCAACAAGAAGAGUCUACUGCUGGUCCAGAAGUCAAUUCAGUUAGCACUGCCGGUUGUGGUUGUGAUCACAGGGACGAGGUGAACAAGGAUGACUACAAAGAAGAUCCCCUAAAAAUUCUUGAGCACGUGAAGAUUAACAAUACGCUUGAAUCUCCAAUUUCAACCAUAAAAGGCGUUUUUAAGGAUUCCAAAAAAGAGGACUUGAGUUUUAAUA